UCCUCUGUAUGUAUCAUUGUCUACUUUGUAUCGAUGGAGGGUUACAUUUAACAGUGUAAGAAAAAAAAACAAUUCAAGUAUACUGGAAGCAAAAAACAAUAGACGUUAAUUCCGGGAGAACAGUAAAGUACUGCUUUGAAUGGCCCGAGGUGAGAAGAUGCAUUGCUUGAAGGAUUUCCACAAAGACACUCUCAAACCCUCGCCCGGAAAGAGCCCAGGCACCCGGCCAGAGGACGAGGCAGACGGCAAGAUGCAGCGGGAGAAGUGGGCAAAUAAACUCGACUUCAUCCUAUCUGUAGCGGGAGGAUUCAUCGGACUAGGCAACAUCUGGCGAUUCCCUUAUCUCUGCUAUAAAAACGGCGGAGGUGCUUUUCUUAUUCCCUAUUUUAUCUUCCUAUUCGGGGGAGGUCUGCCUGUGUUCUUCCUGGAGGUGGCACUUGGUCAGUAUACCUCUGAAGGAGGAAUCACCUGUUGGGAGAAACUCUGCCCCAUUUUCUCUGGAAUCGGCUGUGCAUCCAUCGUCAUUGUGUCCCUCUUGAAUAUAUACUACAUCGUGAUUUUGGCUUGGGGACUCUACUACCUCUUCCAGACCUUUCGGGAUGAGCUGCCCUGGGCUAGAUGUAUCCAUUCCUGGAACACCCCGAACUGCAUUGACGACAAAAUGAGGAAGAAUGUCUCCCUGUGGCUGUCUGCCAACGCCACCAACUUCACAUCUCCUGUGACAGAAUUUUGGGAACGGAACGUGCUGAGCCUGUCCAGUGGCAUCGACAACUUGGGCAAACUGAAAUGGGAUCUGGCGCUUUGUCUGCUUGCAGUGUGGGUCAUCUGCUUCUUCUGUAUCUGGAAGGGAGUGCGUUCGACAGGAAAGGUGGUUUAUAUUACGGCGACGUUCCCGUUCUUGAUGCUGUUGGUGCUGUUGAUCCGCGGAGUGACCCUGCCAGGAGCAGCUCAGGGAAUCAAAUUUUACCUGUAUCCUGACAUCUCGCGUCUAGGUGAUCCACAGGUUUGGAUCGACGCAGGGACCCAGAUUUUCUUCUCGUAUGCAAUCUGUCUCGGAGCCAUGACAUCCCUGGGGAGCUACAAUAAGUAUAAGUACAACUGUUACCGGGACUGUAUGCUCCUCGGAUGUCUCAACAGUGGUACCAGUUUUGUGUCUGGCUUCGCGAUAUUUUCCGUCCUUGGCUUCAUGGCACAAGAGCAAGGGGUGGACAUAGCUGAUGUAGCUGAGUCAGGUCCCGGCUUGGCAUUUAUCGCUUACCCUAAAGCUGUGAGCAUGAUGCCAUGGCCUGUAUUCUGGGCUGUCUUGUUCUUCGUCAUGCUUCUCCUUCUCGGCUUGGACAGCCAGUUUGUCGAAGUUGAGGGCCAGAUCACGUCGCUAGUUGACCUCUACCCAUCCUUCCUAAGGAAGGGUUACAGACGGGAAAUCUUCAUAGCUAUAGUGUGCCUGUGCAGCUAUCUGCUGGGGCUGACUAUGGUAACUCAAGGUGGGAUGUAUGUGUUCCAGCUGUUUGACUACUAUGCAGCCAGUGGUAUGUGCCUUCUGUGGGUGGCAUUCUUUGAAUGUAUCGCAAUAGCUUGGGUAUAUGGUGCUGAUAAUUUCUACGAUGCAGUUGAAGACAUGAUUGGCUACAGGCCAGGACCUUGGAUGAAGUGGAGCUGGAGUGUGUCCACUCCACUGCUGUGUAUGAGCUGUUUUAUCUUCUCCCUUGCCAAGUAUACACCUCUGACGUACAAUAAAACGUACAGAUACCCUGACUGGGCACAGGGUGUGGGGUGGGUAUUGGCCCUGACCUCCAUGUUAUGUAUCCCGAUGGUAGGGGUGAUCAAGGUUAUUCAAUCUGAUGGGCCCAUUUUUGAGAGGAUAAAGAUGCUUGCUGGACCCAAGGCCGAAAGCAGGAAACCGAUUGACCCAGCUCAGGACACCGAAGCCACUGUUCCACUCAGUCCCAAUGGGACUGCAGGCAAUGAUGUGGUAAAACCCACUCAGAUAAUAAUAGAGACUUCAAUGUAACCUCUCUGUGAGAGAAUAAAUUGUGCUUUUGACAUUAACUCUAGCCUUCUAGGACCAGAAGCCCCAUUCACAAAAAGCAGUACUUAACUGUAGAUCCGAGUCUGAUCUCAAUGGCGACCCUCAGGGUUUUAAUUACAAAACCAAGGAAGCAACAAAUAUGAGUUUUUUGUUCAAGCAUUCAUUCACAAGCAUUCGAACAUUUUUCAAUUGAUUUGAAGGUGAUCUCCCGCUUCCUAAGCUUUCCAGUAUGACUAGGAGUCUUCCAAUUUUAACUGUGAUCCUUCUGGCUUGUUUUUGCUGAACUCCACUCCGCCCCCUCCCCCCUACACCCCCGUUCAAAAUUCGAUUUGCACGCCAUCAAGAGAUAAUUUGGUGUCUGGGACCCGUAUGAUUCCAUCAAUGAUGUGACAUUACCAAAUACGAUGUGGGGUGGAAGGGGGUGGUAGGGAACGUACGCUGAUUGACACCAAUCUGGUUUAAUAUUGCCCAGCUUCAUCCCGUCCCUAAUAAUUCGGUUCAAGGGGCUUUAUGUUUGAACAAUGUUGUAUGGCGGGAGUCUUUUUCUCCCCCUUACGUCCCCCCCNGCCCGCCCUCUCCUCGCAGUUGUCAAUCGGGAAGGACAUUCCCACCAUGCACUGGACCAACCGAACACACCCAGUUUUGACGUGACGAGUUACUGCAAUCCCAUUCCUGAUCUGAGGACUGAUCCCCGCGACAGUACUGUUUUGUGAAUGACUGCUGCCAUAGAUUUACAAAGCUGAACAUGUUGCACAGAUGUUUGUCUUUUGUUUGUGGUGAAGACAGUUCGACAUUGUACCUACAGCUUUUUUCAAGACUACAUUCAUUAGAUUACGUGUGAUAAUAUUGCUGUUGUUAUCCACACCGAUCAUGCGGGAGCAGAACUUGCACAAAGGAUGCUCUGAGAGAGAUUUUAUUAUAGCGCUGUGUAACCCAACUGGGCAUUUUUAUUUUGUACAAAACCUAUUUUGCAACUGGUAGCAUUGUAUUUGUGCAGAGCACAGAGUUAGUGGUCUGAAUCACUGGAUAUGCUGUAUUACUUAAAAAAAAAUUAAGGAGAGGAGCUCAGUAUUUUUUUUGCUCUGAAAAAGAAUGUGUUUAACAGGGUAAACUUUGCAUACAGUGUAGGUCAGCGAAUGGGAUCAGGAGUGCUGUACGUUUAACCCUUUGAGUGCCGAUUUGUCUUGGCCGCUUUCAAAAGGAACACUUGUUUUACUUUUUUGAUUAAAAAGGGGGGGGAGAGAGAGAGAGAGAGAGAGAGUGCUGCCGUGUGGAGAUCCGUAGGAAGGCAGAGAGAGCCUGUCGGAGGCUUUAACCCCACCUGAAAAUCAACCCCAAAACUCCCUGCCCGUUAAGAAUCCAGUUACGUAAGCGAACGAGAAAUAACACUGAACGAAAUUUUGCUGGGAAUAUAUGGUCAAUUAAUUGAUAUGUCGCAGUAGCAUGAAGUAACAACAACAAAUUAUAUUUGUACAGCGCCUUCCACGGCGGGAGGACGUCCCAAGGUGCUGAGUAAAUAACUUUGAUCAUCUAGUUCUAUUCCCUCUGCUUCUCUCCUGAAGUCCCUGGAAUUGUAGUGAGUACAAAUCCAUGGGUAUUUUCACUUUGUGGGCCCAUACAGUGUGUGCCCGCAACACAUAGAGAACCAACACACACACACGGAUCAUCAGAACAGUCUGAUCCCGUCCUGGCCUGAGGUCCACCCAUUUUUUGGUGUGUGUGUAUCGUUGGACAACAAUCAAUUGGAGGAACCUUGGCCGAUGCUCCCUUCUUACCUGCCACAGAAGUACUGAAACCCAAUUCAGGCGACAAGAGAACUGGCUGGGAUCAGCCAGGGUAAAAAGAGACAAGGGACUAAACUCAGUCCCGUCCUGGUCUGCGUGGCUCAUUUCUAACACCGGGCAGUGCAUUUGCCCACUGAACGUUCAGGAAAGCUCGGCACCAGUUUUUGCACGAUUUCUGUGCACCGUAGAGCAGUCAAAACGCGUUGUAGUGCCAAUACAACACUCCCUUUUGGAAACCUGCAGAUUUAUAACUACAAGAAUAGAUUAGCCCGAGACCACUGGAAAUGCUCACAAGGGUUUUCAGUUGACAGUGAUGAGAUUCUGAUAGAUAGGCGAGACUUAAGAAAGAUAAGAUUUUGCAGUGGUGAUUGGGUGAUUGCUGCAAAGCUAAAAGCUUAACGUUUUAGAAACAGAACAGGGAUUAAAUCGUUUAAAAAUAGUCCACUUCAAAUGCUUAAAUGGAAGGUUAGAGUGUUAUUAAUGGCUCUGUGCAUAUCUAAUCAGUGAGCUGAAGGUUGAACGUCUCAGAAGGGAGAACUCCAAAGGUUUCCCAGCACUCAUUUAAUUUGAUUUAUGAACGUUUUAACAUGAUUUCGAGAGAGAAUGAUUCCAUUUAACUGGUUUCCGUUUCUCCUUCCACUUUUCUCUCCCCCUCAACGUAUACAAAACUAUACAGUUCCUGAAAGGUUACCGCAGCUGUUCUCAAAGGGUUAAAUGUACAUUACAGACCAAACCAGGGUGACCACCCAUUGAUUGACCGGACAGUGCAGCUCGUGGAAGAUUUUACAAAUGGCCAGAAAGUAUCUGAUUGACGGGAUUACUGAGCGACAUUCGGUAGAAAUAUCACUUGGGGUUUGCUGGCAUUUGGAUUUUACCAAACUCCGAUGGUACAAAGAUACAUUAAUAUCCUUACCGAUCCUAAGGCUUUUCCACCUCACUUCCCGAACCUCUUUUUUGGUCUCUGCAAAAGGUGGUCACCCUACAACCAAAUGCAAAGGUUGGAUAAGUCACAAGUACGGUCGCACGUAGAGCAUUGAUGCCAAACUGUCCAUGUGGCAAGAUAUGUGGAGAUUUACAGCAGAUUCUACCCCAAGUUUCCUCUCAGUGUUGGUGGCACAAAGUGGUGUGGGUGCAUCAAGUCUCCCAAGAUAUUGCUCUGGUGUUUUUCCACUUCCAAAAAAAUAAAGCAUGAGGUACUUGGGAGGGAGGGAAUGUGCCAGUCCAAAUAUGGGUAAGAUUAGCGGAACGAAAGACCCACAAAAGCAGCAUUUGUAUUGUACGAAACAAACACAGUUAGUUGUAUUGAAGCCUAAGGCUAGGUUUCAGGUGGUGUAUAAAUGUAACCUUUCUUCUGUAAUAAUAGACGUCACUAAGGCCAUCUCCCGAUUUUUCUUUCAAAUCAUCAACCAAAAAACAUCGGUUUUUUAUCUUCUCCUUUCACCUGAUCUUUCUAAAGCCUCGCCUGUCCUGGCCAACAAUUCCCCCCCAAGAAAAAUUUGGUCACUCGCUGGGAGCAAGCUGGCUGUCGCAUUCACCCACGAAAUGCACAGUCACGACACUUCACAGUUGUAUCCUGUGAAGCGCUUUGAGACAUCCUCCUGACGUGAGAGAGGCUAUAACCAAAUGUAAGGAUUAUUGUUUUAUUUUGUGAGAGGUGUGGUCAAUACCAUCGACUCUUUUAGCAAUUACCUGGCACUCCAUGUGACUGUGCUCCCUGGACAAGCCUUGCUUGACACCAUAAUGAGCUAACCUUCGGGAUGUCUCACCCCUAGUUGAACCUUUCUUUCCAAAGAGGGAUUUGGAUACGCAAACACAGGUGGACUGCCGGCAAUCAGCUGCUUCCCGGAUAGCUCUCUAAAGAAAAAGUACAGUCAAAUCACCUAGUUUUAUUCCCGUGCUUCCAACCGUAGACACUGACCAUGAUCGAAACGAACCUUUGGUGAUCUACCAAUCACUCGCGCACUUAUAGCCACUCUUUAUGUUAACAGAUAAUGGGACAUUUCAGGGAGAAUCACUGCUUCACGUCUGCAUUAGAGGGUCAACCUUUUACUUAGAAGUGUGUGGUGGGGGUGUGGGGGUAAUGCUGAGUUGUAAAAAAAAGAGUUGGGGUUUUAUUUGAUGAGAGGAACUGAAGGCUUGAUUUAAACCAGAUGAGAAAUCCUGUUUUGGGUUCCGUCCUAGUCCUGCACAGAACCCCCUUUUACCUUCGAGUGCAAAGUACAAACUACAAAUCUCUCACAAGACAAAGUCCAAAAUGGCUGUUGAGGCAGGGUACCACUCCCGUCGACAUGUUAAUCUCCGACACUGGCAUGACACAAUACCAUUGAUCCCCCCCCCCCACCUGCCCAUUAAUUGGGAGUUCUGCUACUUUGCCCCCUUUUUGCAAAUUGCACUUGCCCCACCACGAGGGAAAGUUGGGUUCUGCAUGGUACAUAGGAGCUCCUGGUAUAUCAUUUAGAGUGAGUGUGUGAGAUUGAGGACAAGGAUUGUUUUUUGUAAUAGUUAAAUAUGUUAUAUAGUGUAUUGCUGUGUAAAUUCUGUUGUAUUUUGCUUGACAUUUGCAUUAAUUUCCCUGGAAACCCACAUGCCAUUUCUUUAGAAGACCGUAGACAUCCACACAUUUAAUCGAUACGCUUUGAACGCGAGCAUUUUUAAAAAAAAAAAGUUUCAAAAAAAAAAGUAUUUGUUAAUUCAACAUGUAUGAAUUGAUUAUUCUAUUGUGUCCUAAAUCCUGUCUUUUUUUUUGUAGAUAAAUUUGUUUGAUUAAAGUUAACAGGAACCUUCAUUCUGACCUACCUUACCAACUGGCCUGUGGCAGGUGUCGAAACUUUUUGUACCUUCUUCUCUGACCUUAACAUUUGUAGCUGUUCGGACCGCUGUUCCGUUUUAGCAGUUUGCAUUUUUUUAGGAGGAAAGAAAAAAAAUAUUUAAAAAAAAAUUGUAUUUAAUACUUAUACGGUAUAUUCAUGUGUCCUGUGCUUUUUUUUAGAUGAUGGUUCGUAAAAUUGUAUUAGAAAUUUCAAAUCAUGUAACAAGUGAAACAAUGAAACAAUAAAAUUAAUAAAUGUU